AUGCUCUUUAUCAGAUACGUAAUUGCCAAAAGUACUUACCACCAGUAAGACACUAUCCUAAUAAAAUCAUUUUAGUUUGAGGAAUGCUUGAAAAACUAAACUAAUUUAUUGGAUUAGGUUGCUCGAUUAAGUUAUAAGCUAAACGAUUGGGUGGCUGUCGUUGAAACUCACAGCAUUUAAAUUGCUAAUUUGGAGGAAAAAUUUAACUAUUACAUUCAUGGGAAAAGCGGCGAAAACUUAUCUCCAGAUUUAAUUUCACUACUUGAAUAGAAAGAUAAAUAGACUGAUUAGAAAAUUUUAGAUUUGGAAGAUCGAGUACCUUCCCACUAAAAAAUAAAUAAUAUUCUAAGCUAAUAAUGUGAUCUCAUAAUGAUUAAUGAUUUCUACAGAAAUAGAUUAGGGCUUAUUGAAAAGAAAUUGAGAAUUAAAGAAGAGGAUCCUUAAGAACAAUAACUAAUUGAUAAGAUAAAAAGGUUAGAAGAAAAAAGUGAGAAUACAGUUUUAAGGACUGAAUUCAUGAAAGCUAAUUUUGACGAAAGAGUUAAGUUAAUAGAAUAAAAGGUUUAGGUAUAGAAAACCAUUUAUGGAGAUCUUUAAUCUGUUAUAAAUAAUAAUGACUAUGGGAAUUCUUUAGCAAACACAACGCGUGUCUAUAAUACUAGAAAUUAAAAUCACUUAUUACAGCCAUUGAUAGAUACUAAAUCUAUUGAAAGAGAUCUUAUUGACCCUAAAAUUAAAGAAAUAAAGGAUGAUGUUCAUAAAAAUAACGAAAAUACUGAGAGUAAAUUCAGUACAAUCACAAAAACUCUACAGCUAAUGAAUGAGAAAUAAGAAUCAUAAGACAGUGCAAUAAACUAGAAUAUCGAUAAGAUUUCGGAUUAAUUGGAUUAAAGCAAUCAGUUAAAUAUAGCUACCUUUAAGCAAAUUCUGGAUUUCAAGAUAUAAGAAAUACAGGAAAAAUAUUCAAUGCAGUCAGAGACUUAAAGGAAAGAGGUUUUGGAAAAAUUAACUUAACUUCAAAAAAUGAUAUAAAACAGAGCUCUGAAUAAAUCUACUGACACUUUUGAUUCACCAAACUUAUCAACUUCUAUUGAUUCGACCUCAGAAAGUAAAACAAAAAAGAUGCAAGAACAAUAAAAGCAACUAAUAAUAGUUGAAAUCUAAAAGCAAAUAAAUAACAUUAUAGACAUUAGUAGGAUAUAAGUUCUGGAAAAUGGAUAAAAAAAUUUGUAUGAGCUAAUUGAAUAACUUAGAAAAGAAUUUGAAUUUAUGAGAGAAUCGAUCUUUGAUGUCGUAAAUAAUUACAAAAGAGAAAAUGAGGCUCUAUAGAGAGAAAAUAAGAGGUUACUUAAUGUAUCCAGAGAUUUGGCAGUGGAAGCAAAUCAUUCGAAUGAAAGAAAAACCACAGAACUUCAUCAUCCAAAUGAUAGCAACAUUACUCUGUAUAAGUUUUAAAUGCCAACGCAUAGACAGAGAGUUUUAAAACCAAUUCAGACUAUUCAUUCAAGAAAUCAAACAAUAAAAAAUGUGUCCCAGUUUGUAAACUAAUCAAUUGAUGUGCUUCCAGAUUUGAUAGAUGCUCAAAAUCUUAUGAUUAAUAAUCCAUUAGAUCAAAGCAAGCUAAUGAAAAUAAAUGAAAAUCAAGACAGUCUCGACCAAAGCAUCUACCUUAAAACCCCAUCUAUAGUUACUAGAAAUAGAAAUGACAAUAAUCAAUCUGACUUUAAAAACAGAACUUAAGAGGCAUUUAAAUAGAGUUCUUUUAGUGGACAAAAUCUGAGACUAAAGAAGUUCACGUCUAUAUUUGAUCAUAUGAGACCAAGUUAGCACAAAUCACCUGAUCCUAUGUUAAGACUUCGUAAUAGUUUAAAUCACUGA